AUGGCGAAUAUUCGUACGCUGUCUGAUUAUGCUUCGGCACCGUCCAGGAGCGUCCCUUUACAAGCUGGAGGAGGGCAGGGAGGGGGUGGACUACCUCUCUUCUUUUCAUCUGGGGCUGAAGCUGGAGAGCACACCAGCUGGAUCCAGUGGCUAUGUCCCGGAAUACACCUGAAAAGCCCAAUCGUCAUUAUCUCUGUCGUCCAGGUCGCUGUCUACGUGGCGUCUCUCUGCUUCGGCUUGUCGCCGAAUGAUAUUCUUGCUCCCACGCCACAGACACUGGACCUGUUCGGGGCGAACAUUCCGGAGUACAUACGCGCGGGACAGAUCUGGAGACUUCUCUGUCCAAUUUUCCUUCACUUGAAUCUCUUCCACAUUUUGAUGAAUCUCUGGGUGCAGAUCCGCAUCGGCCUGACAAUGGAAGAAAGAUACGGCUGGAGGAACUUCUGUGCGGUUUACGUGGGCGUCGGAGUCUUGGCGAACAUGGUGUCCGCUGCGGUUCUCUUCUGCGGACAGAUGAAGGCAGGAGCCUCGACGGCUGUUUUCGCUCUCAUCGGCGUGCAGCUGGCUGAAGUCGCUCUCAUCUGGCACGCGCUGCAAGAACGGAACAGCGUUAUUUUUAGUGUGGCCCUGUGCUUCUUCUUCGUCUUCAUCUCCUCCUUCGGACGUCACACAGACGCCGUUGGGCACGUUGGCGGACUGGUCCUGGGCUGCGCCACGGGCAUCUGGUUGAACAAAAGCAGCGACGUCAAACCCGCAUGGUACGAGCGCGGUCUGCUGGUUUCCAAGGCGGCAUUAGUUGUCGCUCCGGUUUUGAGCGCCGUUUUCAUCUGGCUGGUUCCGCGCUGCUGA